AUGACCAUGAGAGGGCUCCAGAUUGCGCUGCUUUCGUCAAGAACUUUGCAAACAUGUUGAGGCUGGUAAUAGGUGUCGCCCUAAUCGGGUGUGUCGUCAGUGUCAUAAUGUCACGACGUGAAUUGUCUGCCCCUAAUGCUGUAUGCAACAAUGGUGAACAGGCGGUGUAUUAUGUACAGGAUGAUUGGCCCGGACCUGAACAGAAUGUCAUGAUUUACUUGCAAGGUGGUGGUCUAUGUAUUGAUGACCUCUCAUGUACUGAAAGAUGCAUAGAGUCUCCCAGUCUAUGCGAACCUUUAGAAGAUGCUGAGAUGGAACGUACUGAAGGAAUCUUCUCUACCAAUUCCGAAAUUAAUCCUGCCUUCCAUAAUUACUAUAAGGUGUUUGUUCCAUACUGCAGUAGUGACAUCUAUUCUGGAGACAAAGAAGCAGAAGAUGAUCUGGACUUCCACUUCAGAGGGUAUCAAAUCAUAAAUGCCAUCAGAGAAGACUUGGAAGAACAUAUUGAUCUUGGAGAGGCAGAAAACGUGAUCUUAUCAGGGGGUAGUGCGGGAGGUAUGGGGGUGAUGCGUCACUGUGAUGAAUGGGCUGAAGCACUCCCAAGGGCUGGAGUGAAGUGCAUCCCAGACUCUGGAACAUUCAGUCCACACAACCUGGCUCCUGCAGAGGAGGGAUGCUCGGGGAUUGGAGGAGACUUUGACUUUGCUGGCACCCGUGCAUACUGGAACGCUUCUGUUGCCACAAACUGCUACAAUGGAAGACCUGGUUCUCAUGAGGAGAAAACAAGAGAUUGCAGCUUCAAUAGCAUUGCUUACAAAUAUGUGCAGAGUCCUCUGUUUAUGGCUACUUACAAGUUUGACUCAUUCUUUGCAGCCCAGUGGUGCUAUCCCGGAUGUGGUGAUGAAAACCGUCCAAGCUACCAUGACCGCUGGGAUGAAGCGAUGAAUGAAAUCGCUAAUGAAUUAAGAACAGAUUACAACCAUGUUGGUCUAUUUAUGCCAAGCUGCUGGGGACAUGUCUUGAAUGAAGGUGAUGAUUCAUACUCGCAGUUCCCUGCAGGAAGUGAGGGUCUCACGUACAAUCAAGCAGUGAAUAACUGGAUGACGGGCACUGGUAGCAGACAUGCUGUUGAUGAAUGUGGUGCCCUGUGUAACAAUAGAUGUGGGGGUGAUAAUUGUUAAAAAAUUUUAGUCAAGAUCAUGAACUACAAUUCUAUGAAAUAAACUAGAUCAUCAAAUG